ACUGACACUCUCCGUUAGCCAGAUCUACUCUCUCUCUCUCUCUCUCCCCAAAGCUCCACCAUUAACAAACAAUGGCGAUCCCAUAGAAAAACACCAAUUAGCCUUCUAAAAUGGAGUCCGAACUCAAAGACCUAGCCCCCAAAUCCACCGCACCAUCCCAGCCGGAACCCCUCGACGAUGGUUCAACCAAAGAUGACCGUCCUCUUCUCAAACCCGACUCCGCCACCACCGAUUCAAACACAAUCUCUAAACCAAAUCUUGAAGAACUCGAGAAAAAAUAUGCGGCUUACGUCCGAAACGACGCGUACGGUGUGAUGGGCCGCGGUGAGCUGCCAUGGACCGAGAAGGUAUUGCUUGGUAUUGCGUUUGUGACGCUCUUGCCUGUCCGUGUGGUGGCGGCGAUGACUAUAUUGGUGGUGUAUUACUUGAUUUGUAGAGUGUGCACUUUGUUUUUAGCCCCGAAUCGAGAGGAUGAGCAAGAAGAUUAUGCGCAUAUGGGCGGGUGGAGAAGGGCGGUGAUCGUUCAGAGUGGGAGGUUUCUUUCUAGGGCCUUGCUUUUCGUUAUAGGGUUUUAUUGGAUUGAUGAGACUUAUCGGAAUCCAUUCGUAGACGAAAAAUCGGAUGCGGAGACUGUGUGCAAAGAUCAAUUUGAAGAAGGUGAAAGACCUGGAGCAAUCGUAUCAAAUCAUGUAUCUUAUUUGGAUAUAUUGUACCACACGUCUUCCUCUUUUCCAAGUUUUGUGGCCAAGCGGGAGUCAAAAUCAUCUGACUUCAAGGGUGUUUCAGGUGUCGUGAAUGAAAGAGUUCGGGAAGCUCAUCAGAAUAAGUUUGCACCAAUGAUGAUGCUUUUUCCAGAGGGGACAACUACAAACGGAGACUUCCUCCUUCCAUUUAAGACUGGUGCAUUUUUGUCAAAAGCUCCUGUGCUUCCUGUGAUUUUAAGAUAUCCAUACCAGAGAUUUAGUCCGGCCUGGGAUUCCAUAUCUGGGGUGCGCCAUGUGAUUUUUCUUUUUUGUCAAUGUGUAAAUCACAUCGAGGUGACACGGUUGCCUGUUUACUACCCCUCACAGCAAGAAAAGGAUGAUCCAAAGAUUUAUGCUGAUAACGUCCGAAGGUUGAUGGCUUGUGAGGGUAAUUUGAUACUGUCAGAUAUUGGUUUGGCAGAGAAACGAGUAUAUCACACUGCUCUCAAUGGUUUGUUUUGUCAACAGUAAUUCGGACCCGCCAUCUGUAUAUAAUCUUGAAUGGUUUUUGUAGUUACAAAAAAAAAAAAAGGAAGUAAAAAUUGCAUAUAGAAAAUUAUGACCUGACAUCUUAUUUUCACAUUACAUUUUGAAAUGUAUCUCCGGGCUUCCUAUUGCUGCAGCUCUUUGGUGGCAUUUUGAAAGCUCCAUUUGAAAUUGGUUCACUUGGCAUUUGGCUACUCCAGGACCGGAAAGUUUGAUUCCAGCAGCUACUUCUGUUUAUUUCAAUGUGUACCAUGAAUAUACGUACACUUCCUCAAGUAGCUGAAUUUUUGGGUGGCAAAUGGUAUUGAG